AUGCCAUCACUUCCGCGCUUCCUUCGUUCGUCUGGUCAAAAUGGGAUCGAAAUGAACAAUAGAGGAUACCAACAGCUUAGUAAUGAAAGCCUAGAGGACCCCAACAGCGCGAGACGCAAGCCAUCGCUGAACCGCUGCCGCCGUGUCACGGCCUGCGUAUUUCUACCAAUAAUUUUACUCUCUAUCUUCUUUUAUAUCAACAGUCGCGACGAAAUAUCGCACAUGACAACGGCGCUCAAGUGCAAGGAAGCUGUUGCUGGUCUGAAUUUUCGACACCCGGUCAGCAAUGCGACGAAUGAGCCCGAGGGCGAGUCGAAUGAGUCGUCGUGGGCGAGGAUUGUUCGUGCAGACGAGUUGAUGGACCGGUUGGAAGGUGGGCGUGAGCUUAGCUGGCGAAUAUUGCACCAGAGCUGGAAGGACGACAAGUUGCCUGAACGAUUUGCUCAGUGGAGUCAACGUUGGCGAAGAUUGCACGGUUCUCAAUGGCUCUACGUUCUCUGGACGGACAAGGAUAACCGCAAGCUUGUUGAAAAGUACUACCCGGAAUAUCUCAAGACUUAUGAUGCAUUGCCCAAGGAAAUAUACCGCGCAGAUAUGGCGCGAAAUAUGUACCUCCAUCGAUUUGGAGGUGUAUACGCGGACUUAGAUCUCAUACCACUAUCGCCUCUACCGCAACAUCUUCCAACGCUAGAAAGUAAAUCUGCGCCUCCGGUGCGACUGGCCUAUGUAGGCCGCAUGAGCAGCGAGGAAUUUGAACAUUCGAUUCCAAAUGCUUUCAUGGCUUCGAUACCGGCUGGACAUCCGUUCUGGCUUGAACCACUUCGCUUCGUUCGGCAACACCAAGCAUCUCCAAAAUAUAAUCACCAACCAGAAGCCCUUACAGGACCUGUCGCGUUGCGAACCUGUGUUAAUCAAUGGCUUGCAGAUAGAGAUAUACGGAAUGGAAAAGGAAAUUUCGAUCAAGUCAUCGUGCUUGAGAAUGGCAAAAUAUACCCAUUCAGCUGGUGGGACGCGCCCUUCAAGGAUCAGCUUCCUCAGUACAACAAGCAUCACGAAGCGACAGGUCACGGGAGAUCAAUCGAGCGGAGGGUCUGUCUUUGGGGAGCUUGUCUCCCAACCAGACGCGUUUCUCGCUGGGCUCUCCUUACCAUUGUCGUGUUUGGCUUUUUGGCUGUUAGCCAUGUCGUAUAUAUUCGUGCUUUUCCCCCACCGCCACCACCAAAGGAGGGAGAGUUUGAUGCAUGCCCCCACCUCUUGAUACCAAAUCCGACUCGGUACAGAGUUGCGCCAACGAAUACUGAGGACAAGUCGGAUUGGGCAAAAAUGAUGCGUCCUUCAGAGCUGAUGGACCUCAUAGACCUGGGUCUGGCUCCUCCCAAACGGCUGAUUCACCAGAGCUGGAAAACCCGGGACAAUUUACCAGAUCACUUUCAGAAAUGGAGUGACGAUUGGAGGCGGAUUCACGGCUCGAAUUGGACCUAUGUACUAUGGACAGAUGAGGACAACAAGCAGCUAGUCCAGCGGUACUACAUCGACUAUUUUGACGUCUACAACGACCUACCUCGAGAAAUAUACCGAGCAGAUAUGGUUCGCAACAUGUACAUGCACAAGUUUGGAGGUGUAUAUGGCGACCUGGACCUGGUUCCACUUAGCCCACUCCAAAAGCAUAUUACAGACUUCGCCACAGAUACUCUCACGGCACCGGUUGCUUAUGUAGGGCGAAUGGGCGACAACGACGAGUUUGAGCAUUCGAUACCAAAUGCAUUCAUGGCCUCCACGAGUCCCGGCCAUCCGUUUUGGCUGACACCUCUCGCCUUUGUUCGCGAUCAUCAGAAGGAAGAAAUAUAUAAUCAGGAGCCCGAGAGCUUGACUGGCCCUGUUGCACUGCGGAGCUGCGUGAAAACAUGGCAAGAGAAGGACCACAAGGCGCCAAUCAAAGUGCUCGAGGAUGGCAAAAUUUAUCCACUCAACUGGGCAAACUCUAGUAAGCGUAAUUGGUGCUUGUGCCGCAUGCACAGUCCAUGGUUCAACGACGAACAAUGCAACGCUCAGUUCCCGAACAGCUGGACUAUCACAUAUUGGACACAUUCAUGGGCAUAA